AUGGACUUUUACAAUCGAGGAAAUAAUCCUCAGCUAACAACUGAAACAACAAAGCCCUCAAUUAUUAGAGAUUCAGGAAUUAUUUAUUUCCCCGGCCAAUAUCAUGGCUUCAGAAGCAGACGUCAAGCUGGCAACUACAAUACUGAACAAUCAUACAUACCAUAUAAUAAUGUUCCAAUGGGAGCAACGCAUUACAAGGGACGUCUUUUUGUUACAAUGCCACGCAGAAGAGUGGGAAUACCGUCUACUUUAAACUACAUCGAUAUGAAUGCCGAUGGUGAUAUAAAAAGUCCAAAACUAAGGGCAUAUCCCGAUUUUGAGACAAAUCAAUUUAUGGGCAAAUCGGGUAAUUUGGUUUCAGUUUAUCGUACCACUGUUGAUUCUUGUGGACGAUUUUGGUUUAUUGAUACAGGAAUGUUGGAAUACCCAAAUAACCGUAUGCAAGUGCAAAAGCCUUCAAUUUGGAUAAUGGAUUUGAAAACUGAUCGCGUCAUUCGCCGUUACGAAAUUCCUGAAUCCAUAGUGACAGAAGGUCGGGGUCUUGCCAGUAUAACCGUUGAUACAGAUAAAGGAUGCGAUAAGACAUUUGCCUAUGUACCAGAUUUGGUAAACAGUCAAUUGUAUGUUUACAGUUACGAACAAAAUGGAAUGUGGAGUUUCCAACACAACUAUUUCAGCUUUGAUCCUAUUGCUGGCGAUUUAAAUAUCGGUGGUCAAGUUUUCAGUUGGGAUGAUGGAAUAUUUUCCGUCGUUCUUGCACCCAAAAACAAUGACGGUUCUCGCAAUGUACUAUUUCACGCAAUGGCUAGUUUCAAUGAAUUUUUCGUUUCCAAUGAGAUUUUGCAAGACCAAAACAACACUCAACGUCCCGAAGCUAAUAGAGAAUUCCACCUAUUAGGCAGCCGUGGACCUAAAAGCCAGUCAACAAUGCAUGAGUAUGAUCCGCGUACAGGUGUUGUAUUUUACGCUGAAAUACAACGCAAUGGUGUAGGAUGUUGGAGUUAUAAGAAACCUUUCACUCCUUCAAAUCAUGGAACUGUGGCUCAAGAUGAACAACGCAUGAUUUAUCCUAGCGAUUUAACGAUCGACGAGGAUGGCACCUUGUGGGUAAUGACAAAUUCAAUGCCUAUAUUCAUUUAUUCCACAUUGGACCCCAAUGUUUACAAUUUCCGUGUUUGGAAGCAAAGUACCGAUGUGGCAAUUCGCAAUACUGCAUGCGCCUAG